GCAGCUACUGUGCCCAGUGCGUGCAAUUCAUGCUAAACAACAACCUGGUCGCAACCGCCUCUGGUGCUCUUGGCAACGCAGCAGGAGAUAACCGUGCUCCACUCUGGACGUCUUGACAGGCUUGUUUAUCAGAUGAAGGGCCUUCACGGCCCUACUCCGAUGACGCAAAUGGUUUCGAAACCCAGUUUGGUAAGUAACGCCAUGUGCGCUCUGGUUUUGCACAAAUGGUGUACAGGCAAGGAUUGGAUGGCAUGCAGGAUUUUAUCCCCAGAGUGGUUACAUGCAAACUAGGCGCCGUCUUGCCCAGGUGCUGCUCCAAUGUAUGCCAGGCCUGACUGACGAAGUAUAAGAGUCUUGGGAGCGUCCACCCGACUAUCAUUCACCCACAGUCGAUCUUUUCUCCUCUCAGAUACUAUACCAGCAGUCGCUCAAGAUGCGUUACUCACUCCUCGCUUUCGCUACUUGCGCUCUCGCAGCCCGGCCUUUCCUGAACGAACCAGACACUGGUAUCGAUGACCAGUUGGCUGGGUUCGUCGCCAAUGGAACUCUGCCUCCUCUCAGCUCCCUGGUUGGUCUGCCAGACUUCCAGUGGGUUGGUCGUCAACACAUGAACACCUCAGCCUACACAUACUACCGCAACGGAGCGGCUGGCGAAUGGUCGUACCGCAACAACCUAGAAGUCUUCUCCCGGUACCGAUUGAGACCACGCGUCCUGCGUGACAUUACCAACAUCGAAGCUUCCAUGCCCACGACCAUCCUUGGCCACAACUUCUCAGCGCCGUUCUUCAUCUCACCGUGUGCGCGUGGCGGAUACGCCAACGAAGAUGGCGAGCUUGGUCUUGUUAAGGGUGCUGGCGAGGGUAACAUCCUCUACAUGACCUCCCUCUACUCGUCGAAGAGCCUAGAGGAUAUCUACGCUGCUCGUCCCAACGGUUCAGAACAAGUCCUGUUCCAACAAGUAUACCUUGAUGGUGACAUGAACGACACACAAGUUCUCUUCAAGAGGAUCGAGAGCCUUGGUGCGAAGGCUAUUGUCCUGACCGUCGACUCGCCCGGUGACGGUGUCAGGCACCGUGCUGCACGUUACGGUGUUGGUUCCGCAGACGUCAACCUGAGCCUUCUGACCUGGGAUCUGUUCCAGCAGCUGUCCAACAUGACCUCCCUGCCUAUCAUCCCCAAGGGUAUCCAGACUGUUGAAGACGCCCGCGAAGCCGUCAAGCAGGGCGCAAAGGCCAUCUUCCUCUCCAACCACGGCGGCCGCCAAACCGACACUUCGCCAUCAUCUCUUGAAGUCGCUCUGGAAAUCUACAACGAAGACCCCGAGAUCUUCCAGCAGAUCGAAGUUUACGCCGACGGCGGUAUCCGCUACGGAACUGAUGUUCUCAAGCUCCUUUCUUUGGGUGUCAAGGCUGUCGGUCUGGGAAGGCCCUUCAUGUACGCCAACAUCUAUGGUGCUGAGGGUGUCGCAAGGGCGACCGAGAUGCUCAAGUACGAGCUCAUCAACGACGCAGCCAACAUCGGUGUAGCAGACCUGAAGAAGAUUGGGCCUGAGCUGGUUAACUGGAAGACUCCUGCUGUCAGCUUCAGCGUUUAAACGGCGAUGAUAGCCGUCUCUUGCUGCGCAAGAACUCAGAUACCCAUUUCCUUUCAUUCCAUUACAUGUACAUACUUUUCAUCCACAAUUUAUCAAGAAUUUUCUGCAACCUCAAGUUUGCCAUUGCGAUCUGCUGUCUAAUCUUGCGUUUCUGAGGCUGUCAAGAUCUAGAACGGUCGCCUAAUAUGAAUCGUGUGGGGCGUACUGAUUGAAAUUGAUGUCUUCAUCAAAGGACACGUCGGCAGGAUGAACAUAACUUACGGUUGCUUUGUGGUUUGAGACAUCGUUCCUGACGCGUAGAAACACUCCUAGCCAAAAACACGUUAGCCACUAGCGCGACACGCUCCUUCCCACGGUGCGGUCUUCCGGCUU